GCACUCACAAUAUUCGUUCCAAAACCAUACAAAGAACAAUCAAAAUCUAAUUAGAAAUCUCUUUUUUCUUCUUCCAAAUUCCCUCAUUCAUAAUUUUUUUUUGUAAAUCAAUGGCGGCAUCUGUGGAAAACAGACAGUAUACUCACCUUGAACCGGGUUUAUCAGGCGUAGGCCGUACUUUCAAGCCUAGGCCUGAUUCCCCGGUUCGUGGUUGCAACUUCCCUCCUUCAUCCAAACACGAACUCCCUUUCCAAAAACAACAAAAUCCCCCAACUUACCUUGAUUAUUCGUCUAGUGAAGACGAGGAUGACGAUGACGAAAAAAAUGAAUACGUUCAAAUGAUCAAAAAAGGUAAAACUGAAUUAGAACCAUCAAUUCAUGAUACUAGAGAUGAAGGUACCGCUGAUAAUUGGAUCGAACGGAACUUUUCCUUAAUACGUCUCACCGGUAAACACCCAUUCAACUCCGAACCACCUUUAUCUCGCCUUAUGCAUCACGGGUUCAUCACUCCCGUCCCACUUCAUUACGUCCGUAACCACGGCCCUGUCCCCAAAGCAUCCUGGUCUGACUGGACUGUGGAAGUUACAGGGCUGGUAAAACGACCAAUGAAAUUCACAAUGGAUCAAUUAGUUAACGAAUUCCCUUCACGUGAAUUGCCUGUCACACUUGUAUGUGCAGGCAAUCGUCGUAAAGAGCAGAAUAUGGUGAAGCAGACAAUCGGUUUCAAUUGGGGUGCUGCUGCCGUUUCAACCACCGUAUGGCGCGGAGUACCUCUCCGCGCCUUGUUGAAACGGUGCGGUGUUCGGAGUAAGAAAAAAGGCGCGCUUAAUGUCUGUUUCGAAGGUUCAGAUGUUUUGCCCGGAGGUGGUGGUUCAAAGUACGGAACGAGUAUAAAGAAGGAAUUCGCCAUGGAUCCAUCUCGUGAUAUUAUUGUAGCUUACAUGCAAAACGGAGAAAUGUUGUCACCGGAUCAUGGUUUUCCGGUAAGGAUGAUUAUCCCCGGAUUCAUCGGUGGAAGAAUGGUGAAAUGGUUAAAGAGGAUUGUGGUCACUACACAAGAAUCGGAAAGCUAUUAUCAUUACAAGGAUAAUAGAGUUCUCCCUCCACACGUUGACGCUGAACUCGCCAACGCGGAAGCGUGGUGGUACAAACCAGAGUACAUCAUCAAUGAGCUCAACAUCAACUCUGUCAUUACAACUCCGUGCCAUGAAGAAAUUUUGCCGAUCAAUGCGUGGACUACUCAGAGACCUUACACGUUGAGAGGCUAUGCUUAUUCUGGUGGAGGUAAAAAAGUAACUCGAGUGGAAGUGACUUUGGAUGGAGGAGAGACAUGGAGUGUGUGUACACUUGAUCACCCAGAGAAGCCAACAAAGUAUGGCAAGUACUGGUGUUGGUGCUUUUGGUCACUCGAGGUUGAGGUGCUUGACUUGCUUAGUGCUAAAGAAAUUGCUGUACGAGCUAUCGAUGAGACCCUCAACACUCAACCCGAGAAGCUUAUUUGGAACGUCAUGGGAAUGAUGAACAAUUGUUGGUUUCGAGUGAAGAUGAAUGUGUGCAAACCUCACAAGGGAGAGAUCGGUAUAGUGUUUGAGCAUCCGACUCAACCUGGAAAUCAAUCGGGUGGAUGGAUGGCAAAGGAGAGACACUUGGAGAUAUCAGCAGUGGCUCCUCCAACACUAAAGAAGAGUAUAUCAACUCCUUUCAUGAACACAGCUUCGAAGAUGUAUUCCAUGUCCGAGGUGAGGAAACACAACUCUUCAGACUCUGCUUGGAUCAUAGUCCAUGGACAUAUCUACGAUGCCUCACGUUUCUUGAAAGACCACCCCGGUGGUGUUGACAGCAUUCUGAUCAAUGCUGGAACUGAUUGUACUGAGGAAUUUGAUGCAAUUCAUUCUGAUAAGGCUAAGAAGCUAUUGGAGGACUUUAGGAUUGGUGAACUCAUAACUACUGGUUACACGUCUGAUUCGUCUCCAAACAGUUCUGUCCACGGAUCCUCUUCGAUCAGUAGCUUCUUAGCACCUAUUAAGGAGCUUGUUCAAACACCAACAAGGAGUGUAGCUCUCAUCCCAAGGGAAAAAAUCCCUUGCAAACUCGUCGACAAGCAAUCCAUCUCCCAUGAUGUUAGAAAAUUCAAAUUUGCACUACCCUCUGAGGAUCAAGUCUUAGGGUUACCUGUUGGCAAACACAUAUUCCUCUGUGCCACAGUUGAUGACAAACUCUGUAUGCGUGCCUACACGCCUACUAGCACAGUCGAUGAAGUAGGGUUCUUCGAGUUGGUUGUCAAGAUCUACUUCAAAGGUGUUCACCCUAAAUUCCCUAAUGGAGGUCAAAUGUCACAACAUCUUGAUUCUCUCCCAAUAGGUGCAUUCCUCGACGUUAAAGGUCCAUUAGGUCACAUUGAAUACCAAGGUAAGGGUAAUUUCUUAGUCCAUGGUAAACAAAAGUUUGCCAAGAAGUUAGCUAUGAUAGCGGGUGGAACAGGUAUAACUCCAGUAUAUCAAGUAAUGCAAUCAAUAUUGAAAGAUCCUGAAGACGAUACAGAGAUGUAUGUGGUGUAUGCAAACAGAACGGAGGAUGAUAUUUUGCUCAAAGACGAACUUGAUGCAUGGGCAGAGCAAGUUCCAAAUAGGGUUAAAGUAUGGUAUGUCGUUCAAGAAUCCAUUACACAAGGAUGGAAGUAUAGUACAGGAUUCGUUACAGAAUCGAUUCUUAGAGAACAUAUACCUGAACCAUCUCAUACAACAUUGGCAUUAGCAUGUGGACCACCUCCAAUGAUACAAUUUGCUAUUAAUCCAAACUUGGAGAAAAUGGGAUAUGACAUUAAGGAGCAACUAUUGGUGUUCUAAAUUGGAUGGUGAUGAUGAUAGAUGAUAUAUCUCUUUGGAGGAAUAAAUUCUUUUGUAUUUUCAGUUGUACAUAUUGUGUUUUUGUUUAUCAUCAAAAUGUACUACUUCUUGUAGUUCUUACAUUUUAAUUUUCUACUCAACUUUAGGUAUAAAAUGUUGUACUGUGUACGAGUAUGUGUAUGUCAAAGUUAAGAUUGUAUUCAUCAUGGAAUUAUAGUAACUUUGUUGUCACAA